AUGAUUAAUAAAUGCCUCAAAUAUUUUUAUAUAAAGUAACACACUCUUAUUUCGAUUGAAGGCAACAUAGGAUCAGGGAAAAGUACACUCCUCAAGUUGAUGUAGCAGAAAUACCCUUAAAUGCAUUACUUACCAGAACCAGUUAAUGAAUGGUAACAAAUUAAUGGAAAUCCUAAACUGAAUUUACUUGGAUCUUUUUAUCAGGAUCCUCAUCGCUGGGCAUACACUAUGCAAAAUUAUGCUUUCUAUAGUAGAUUGAAGCAUUGGAAAACUGUUAUGGCUUAUUUGAAUCAAUCAAUUAUUUUGAGUGAAAGGAGUAUCUAAGCAGAUAAAGAGAUCUUUGCAAAAAAUGGUUACAUCAAUGGAUUAAUGAAUGAGAUGGAAUUUGCAAUCUAUGAAUAAUUCUAUGAUUGGUUGGUCCAAGAAGUUUUUGGAAAAUAGAUAGCUAAAUAAUUGAUAGUCUAUCUUUAAGUGAAUCCUAAUGUUUGUUUAGAGAGAAUGCUCAAAAGAUCUAGAGAUGAAGAAAAAAAUUCAAUUUCCAAAGAUUACUUGGUUUAGAUUCAUCAAAGACAUGAGGAAUGGCUAAUAAAUGCAAAAGAUUAGAAUUAGAAAGUUCUAAUUUUAAAUGGAGAUAAAGAAUUUGAAGGUGAUCUCAAAUAAUAGCAAAUUAUGUUCGAUUAAAUAAAUCAAUUCUUUUCUGGAUUAGUCUGAUUAAAUUUAUAAAUAUAUUGAUGCUAUUAUAUUAGUUUUAAUUAAUUUU